GUUGUGACCGCAAACAUGCCAAGCACAUGUAAUGAGAAGGAUCGGAACUAUCUGCAAGAUAUUCAAUAUAUCUUCAAGUUAAACAAUUGGAUUCUGGGCUCUAUUGGCAUUUGGCCAGUCUCGAUUCGAGGCAUAGGACGGCACGCGUCCAAAAUCGCGAUCAUGCUCGGUAAUCUCGCGUUAAGUUUCGCCAUGGUACCUUGUGCCUUGCACAUCGUAUACGAUGAGAAAGACAUCAUCAUGAGAUUGAAGCUAUGCGGCCUGCUAGCAUUCUGCCUCACCGCGAUGACAAAAUAUUGUAUCCUCAUGAUACGUCGUCCUAAGAUACUCCAUUGCAUCGAAUACGUAAAGAAUGAUUGGUGGCAGGUAACAUUCAGGUCCGACCGGGAAUUGAUGCUGAAAUACGCAACCCUCGGUCGCAAUCUAACAAUAAUCGGUGCAUCAUUCAUGUAUACUGCCGGCAUUAUUUAUUAUGGGAUUCUGAUUCCAUUCUUUUCCGAAACCAAAAUCAACAAUCAAACCAUCAGACCACUCGUUUAUCCGACUUACAGUGAAUUUUACCAAUCUCAAAUUAGUCCUAUAUACGAAAUUGUGUAUGUGGCUCAUUGUAUGUGCGGAUAUACUAUAUACUCGAUAACAGCUGGUGCGUGCGGAUUGGCUGCUUUGUUUGUCACUCAUGUGUGUGGUCAAAUCCAAGUGAUCAUGUCGCGAUUGGAAAAUCUCUUAAAUGGCGAAAACCCAAACAUUCAUCAACGAAUCGCUAACAUCGUGAAGGAUCACGUUCGCUUAGUAAGGUUUUCAACCGUAGUAGACGAAAUUUUACAAGAAGUAUGUUUAGUGGAGUUUACUAGUUCUGUAUGCACAAUAUGUCUACUUGAAUACUACUGUAUAGUGGACUGGCAAGACGACAAUAAACUUAGCUUAGCAACAUAUUUCUUGCUCUUCAUUUCAUUUUGCUUUAAUAUAUACAUAUUGUGUUAUAUUGGCGAGCUUCUCAUGGAAAAGAGCAUUGAAAUCGGAUCAAUGUGCUAUAUGAUCAAUUGGUAUCAAUUAUCGCCAAGAUCUGUUCGCAAUCUUAUAUUGAUAAUCGCUAUGUCCAGCCAUCCUAUAAAACUUAGUGCUGGUAGAAUGGCAGAUCUGUCAUUAACGACUUUUGGACAUCGCAAGCGCACAUCUCGGAACCUUGUAAUCAAUGCCGCGCAUCCAUCUAGUCUACUCUUCUUGCAGUCUUUAACAGAAUCUGUCACCGCGAACAUGUCUAGUACACGCGAUAAGUCCGCGAAGUCACGUAACUCUAAUUAUCAGCAAGAUAUUCGAUAUGUUUUCAAGUUAAAUAACUGGAUUAUGGGGUCGCUUGGUAUUUGGCCAAUCGCGAUACGAGGCAUUGGAAAACACAUGUCAAAGAUUGCAAUCGCUAUUUUUAAUUUCGCUUUGAGCUUCGCGAUAGUACCUUGCGCUUUGCACAUCAUUUAUGAUCAAAAGGAUAUCAUCGUAAGGCUGCAGCUAAGCGGUUUGAUAGCCUUCUGUCUCACUGCAAUGACAAAAUACUUCAUCUUCGUGAUACGUCGGCCUAAGAUACAUCGCUGCAUCGAAUACGUGAAGAACGAUUGGUGGCAGGUGACAUUCAAGUCCGAUCGCGAACUGAUGCUAAAGUACGCUACCACCGGUCGCAAUCUGACGAUAAUCGGCGUGAGUUUCAUGUACACUGCUGGUAUUAUUUAUCACUUGAUUCUACCGUUCUGUGCUGAGCAUAAAAUUAACAAUCAAACCAUCAGACCGCUCGUCUAUCCGACUUAUAGUAAAUUUAGUCAAUCACAAAUUAGUCCAAUAUACGAAAUUGUGUAUGUGGCUCAUUGCAUGUGCGGAUAUACUAUAUACUCAGUGACAGUUGGUGCCUGCGGAUUAGCGGCUUUGUUUGUUACUCAUGCAUGUGGCCAAAUCCAAAUACUUAUGUCACGACUAGAAGAUCUAUUGGCCGGUGAAAGAUUCAAACAAAACCCGGACAACGUUCAUUAUCGAAUCGCUACCAUCAUAAGAAAUCACGUAAAAAUAAUAAAGUUUGCGGCAAAAGUGGAAGAAGUUUUACAAGAAGUGUGUUUAGUAGAGUUCACUAGUUCUGUAUGCACGAUAUGUCUACUCGAAUACUAUUGUAUUGUGAAUUGGACAGCAGAUGACAGACUUGGUUUUGCGACUUAUUUUCUCCUCCUUAUGUCAUUCUGUUUCAAUAUUUACAUAUUAUGCUACAUUGGCGAGCUUCUCAUGGAAAAGAGCACUCAGAUUGGAUCGAUAUGCUACAUGAUUAAUUGGUAUCAUUUAUCGCCAAAAUCAGCUCGCAGUCUUAUAUUGAUAAUAGCAAUGUCCAGCCAUCCUAUUAAACUUACUGCUGGUAGAAUGCUAGACCUGUCAUUAAAAUCUUUUAGAAAAGUACUGCAAACUAGCCUGGCGUACCUGAGCUUCCUACGGACGUUAGUCAUGUAAAUUAUAAAAUAAU